UCAGGUUCAAACCACACGAAAGAUGAAAAGAGUUACUAGUAUAGCACCUUGGACCCGAACCCCCCCCCCCCCCCCCCCCCCCCGCGCCGCUGUCAAUGUGUAGUCGGGGAACCCCCGCAAUUUGUGCGAUCUCAAUCGAAUCGCACACACGCGGACAGAUAUCCGGCCGCGCCGGCCGCCGGUAAUACGGUAUACCUGCGCUGCAUGCUGCAUCAACCUCACAAAUUUAUGUAAAUAACGGACACUGGAUGCCAUUUACAGUUCGAAAUUAUCAGUUUGUAGCAACUCCUUAAGAAGAUGAGCUGCAUCUGGGGUGGUAGAAACCGUGUCAUACGAGGACCAGAUUGGAUAUAUAAGAACCAAGAUGGCGGAAGGGGACAUGCAGGAACUGUCUUGAAUCAUUGGGGAAGCCAGCAACCGUACUCUCCCCCCAACACCAUAAAGAUCCAGUGGGACAAUGGGGAUAAGGGUCUCUACCGGAUUGGCUACAACAAGGCCUAUGAUCUUAGGUUCCUCGAAUCAGCUAGUACAUGUGCAGAUCGUCAUCAUAAGGUCUGGUGUGAUGGAUGUAAUAUGGAACAGAUAAGAGGAAUUCGGUGGAGGUGCACCGAAUGCUAUGCCAUCGACCUCUGUACUGCAUGCUACAUGAGUGAUAAACAUGAUCUUAGUCAUGCCUUCGCAAGGGUUGUUUCUUCCAUGAAGACCUCAAAGGGUGUCAAGGUUUUACCAAGAUCAUCUUCAUUGCAUAUUCCUCUCAAAGGAAGCUUUCCUGGAGCGACGGUUGCCAGAUAUCCUCAAUGGUGCAAGAAAAAUACAAAAGACUGGCAGAUUGGGAGAGUAUCUAAGAUUGGACAGAGAGCAGAUCUCAGCUUGGGACAAACUACGGUAGAUUUUUCCUCUGGACGAGAAAGGGUAGAGGUCACCGAUAUCAUGUGCGUGUUGCCAGGGUCUGGUGGUCACGUUUAUGAGGGACAUCUACAAAAUUACGGUGAAGUACAGGUUGUGGAUGAAGGAGACAAGGUUUUGAUAACAGCAAGUCCAGAGGAAAUGCAGGUACUUCACGAACGCAGAGGAUUAUGGGAUCUUGACAUGAUCAAAACUUGUAGAAGAAAAGGAUAUGUGACUAAAAGAACGGAUGCAGGUAACGUCAAAGUGACUUUUGAUGACAUCCAAGAAACUUUCACUAUGAAUAUUGCUGCUGUAAGAAAGCUUCAUCGUUUCAGUCUUGGUCAGGAUGUCCGCAUCAGUGGUGACGUCGAGAUGGUCAAGAGACUACAGGUUGGACACGGUGGAUGGAAAAAGUCUAUGGAUAAGGCCAUCGGUGUUGUUGGGAAGGUGAUCAAGGUCAAGGAAUCUAACAUUCAUGUCAAGAUCCAAGACAAAACUUUUGUCUUCAACUCCGCGAACCUAGCUCCCGCCACCAACAUUCCUCAGCGGAAGCCGAAAGAAAAGUCAUUUGAAGAGUUUUUAAUGAAUGUCGCCCAAGACAUCCAGAAACCUGAAACGAUGAUAUCGCUUGCAGUAGCUUCCCACAACAUCCCGGCUGUUGAAGACAUGUUGAAGGAGCACCCAGAAUGGAUCCGUCAUGAGCCCACCAUAGGCAAAUCGCUUAUUUCGGUCGCCAGCGAUGACGUGGACAUGAUGAAAAUUCUUGUUGAGAAAGGGGCCUUCAUUGAGAGCUAUGAUGAGCAGGGCUGCACACCACUCUUCUAUGCAACUACGGCAAACAACUACGACGGUGUGCGGUACCUCCUUGAGCAAGGGGCUAAUGUUGAUUCAGCCAACUUUCAAGGUCUGACCAGCUUUAUGGUUGCUUGUGAAAAUGGAUCCUUUGAAUGCGCACACUACCUGCUCAUGCAUGGGGCUGAUGUCAACCUCAAGUCCAAAGAUGAUUGUCUGCCCAUAAUCCGAGCCAUCGGGAGCAAAGGAAGGACUAUACUAGACCUUAUUCUUGCCAGGAAGGAAGUAGACCUGAAGGCAACAUCGUCGUCAUCAUGCAUGACUGCAAUGAGCUGUGCCGCCCGUACAGGGAAUGUAUAUGCACUUACAAAACUCAUUGAGGCAGCACCUAAGAUGGUUGAUGUCAAACAGUGCAAUGGAAAUACACCCAUCUUCAAUGCUGUGUUGGCAAAUUCCCUAAAAGCAACUGAAGUACUCGUCAAAAAGGGCCACUGCAAUGUGAAUGUACAGAACUUUGAUCAAGGAUACUGCCCACUUCAUCUAGCCAUACUGAAGGAGAACUUUGAAUUGAUUGAGGUGUUGGUGAAGAAUGGUGCCGAUGCGAACAUUCCCAACUCCGAUGGGGAAACCUGUUUACAGAUGGCUAUGGAUGCCCUGGAUGACAUUGAAUGUGAAGAUCGUCAUGUUGAUGAAGUACCUUUCAUGGCAGAGAUGAAGAAGAAAUGGGGCCAUGUUGGGAUCAAGACAAAUGGAGAUGCUCUUCUUGCCUAUCUGGUGUCUCAUGGUGCCGACCUUGAUGCUAACAACUGUGAAGACUUUACUAUAAGGGAAUCGUGUACACUAGAAGAUGACCUCUUGCAGGCUUUAGAUAAAAUACAGUCCAUUUCAAGGAAAGACAUCUCCACACUUCAAAGCACAGCUGACCGUCCCCUGCGCAGCCUGACCAAGGUCUCUUCAAACACUGAUACUGAGAAUGGGUCUGGUCUGAAAAGCUCACUUACAACAAAGAUGCAACAGCAGAGUGCAAGGAGGCCUUCAGAGCAGAUAUCAGUGAGUUCUGACAGACGGGGGUCCAAGAGAUUUAGCCCAAAUAAUCCAGCCAAGAAGUCGUCAGUGGGGCCAGCAAGACCAGAUGCAGAGUCACAGCAUGCAAAAGCCUCUUCAGAGAAGCCAACAAGUCGGGUAAAACCAAGUGUAAAGACUCAGAAUGGACGGACAUCUCCAGAAAAUUUGUCAGGGAGUUCGUCGAGACAGGAUGCAAAGAUGCUGAGUGCAAAGACAUCUUCAGAGAAUUCCUCUAGAAGUUCAGCGAGACCAGAUGCCCAAAACAAGAGUUCAAGAACAUCUUCAGAGAAAUCUUCAACAGGUUGGACAAGACAAGGUCCAAAGGCAUCUUCAGACAACUUUUCCAGGAGUUCAGCAAGACCAGGUGCCCAGGCAAAAACUGCAAGACUAUCUUCAGAAAAGUCAUCAACAAGUUGGGGAAGACCAGGAGCGCAGAUGCAGAGUGCAUUGGCAUCUCCAGAGACAGAGUCAACAAUGAGUUGGCAGAAGCAAGGAAGAAAGACACAGAGUGCAAGAACUUCAUCACAGAAGGUGUCAAUAGGUUCUGACAGACCAGAGACAAAGACACAGAACACAAGAAACUUUCCAGAUAGGUCAUCAACUACUCCUCUUCCUACAGCAGCUCAGAAAAGCAGUGCAAGAAAUGCCUCUUGGAGGUCAUCUACUAGCUCAGGAAGCCAUCAGAAAUCAGCAGGGAAAGGCUUGACGAAUGGUUGGAAGAGAGGAGCAGGGGACAGCGAUGCACAGAAAUCCAAAGAUGAACCUACAGACACAGGUGAGCGUGGUCAACUAGAAGCAGAACUCCAACGCAAAGAUGACCAGCUCAAAGCACUGAGGUCAAAGGUCAAGACACUGGAGCACCUGGUCAAGAAGAAAAUCUCCUUCGCCUGUGGUCAUGACAUCAUCAGAAGCAUUGCUGAGCUCAUCCCAAACUGCCCUGAGUGCAGGAAUCCGAUAGCAUCGGUUGCUGAUGCCUAAGAAUAGGCAGAGAGUCUUGUAGUCAUAGCCUGAUACCUCAAGGCUGAGACAUCAACUCCAAGGCAUGGAAAACUCAAGGCCAAGGCAAAUUUCAACAUAAUGUGCUCAAGAAACUUUUGAUUAGAUUUUCAGUGAUGUCACCAGGGGCCCGUAACACAAAGCUUAGCAAUGAUCGUAGAACAUUUUUCUACGAUUGAUUCCAUUUACUACAAUGUACAAUCAAUCGCUAACCUUUGUGUUACGGGACCCUGGAUUCGACUCUGACAAAGACAAUACUCAGGUCUAUGGACAGUUAUUAGUGAUAGCACUGGAUCAUCACAAGUUAUGGUGCAAAGUAGCUAGUGUGUCCAGACUGUUGAAACCCUUUAGGUCAUUGACGGAAGUACUUCAGCGAUACCACCUUGACAAAAAACAUACUUCCCUAUGAAGAGUGACCAGUGAUAGCAUUUGGUCAUCACUAGUUAAAGGGGAAUGAAACCUUUGGAACAAGUAGGCUUGUGUGGAA